GAGGGGCGUCUUUCGCGGUUUGACGGUAGUGACAAUGCCAGUGCCUCGCGAGCUAGUUGGAGUUGAGGGCGACGACGGGAUCGAGAAGUAAGAGAGGACGAGCUGUGUGCCAACCCUGGCCCCGGCUGAUCGCGUAGUGUCUAGUGUGACGAGAUGACGGGUGCGCGGAUGAGACCCGCGCUCGUCGUGGGCCUCCUCCUGAGCUUUCUAGCCGUUGUCUUACGAGGAGUGCAAUGCGAAGACGAGCAGGUACCAUCCGAGGACCUUUGUCGACCGUACAUCGAGAAGGCGCUCAAACAUCUCGGCACAGGAUCUUUGGAGCAGACCAGUGCAGAGGUCGGAACCGAGAUCGACCAAGAGGACGAUCUCGGAGGUGAUGAAGAAGCAUCACCUACUAGCGAGGAAGCCGACGAGGCAGCAGACGACGUUUCGAAAGAAGAGACUGACGAUCAGGAGGGAUCGGUAGAGGAAAGCGCGGAAGCGGCUGCUGACGAGAGUAAGGAAGUAAUCGAAGAGCAAACUGAUGCUAGCGAAGAAAAAGCACAGGAAAUAGCCGAAGAAGAACAAAGUGAAGAAGACGCGACUGAUAAAAGUGUCGAAAUUAGCACCUUUGAAGAAGAAGAAGCAGAGAAAGCUGAGGGAGCGUCCACUGAGGCAACUGAAGGCGAGGGAGAACAAACCGACUCCUCCGAAAAAGUAACAGAGAGCGAAGAAGCGAAAACUGAAGAAGAUGAUAAGCUCGACGAAGAAAAAUCUGACGAAGAAACAAAAGUAAAAGACGAAAAAUUCGAGGAAGAGGGAAUAGACGACGAAGCAAAGUCCAAAGAAGAAAAGGAGGAAACCGAUGAAUCGCAAGCUGAAGACGAGGAACAAGAAGAAUCCAAAGAAGCCACUGAAGGAGAGGUUGAGUCUAAUGAAGAGGCAGAAAUUCAACAAACAUCCGCGGAAGCCAGUGAAGAAGUUGAAGAAGAAUCUGAUAAAGAAGAAGUUGAGAGUAAAACUGAAGACGGUGCCGAAUCGACUGAAGAUCAGACGGUAAGCGCUGAGGAUGAGAAAAGUGACAUUGAGGAGAAGGCUCAGGAUGAAAGCGCUGAAGCUGAGAGUGAAGAAAAAGACAAAGAAAGCGCAGAAGAUACCGAAACAGCAGAUUCCGAAGAUGUAGAAGAAGAAACAAAGUCAGAAGAAGCAGAGGCAAAAUUUGCUGAAGAAGAAACAGAAGAAGAAGAGGGUACAACAACAUCUGCGGAAGAAGAAACGAAAUCCGAAGAAACUGAAACAAAAUCCAUAGAAGAGGAAGACGCGAAGACUGAAGAGGAAGAUGGAAAAUCGAAGGAAGAGGACGCAGAGUCCGAAGAAGAAAAUGAAAAUGUAAAAUUGCGUGACAAACGAGAAAUCGGUGAAGAAGGCGCUGAAGGAGAAUCUUCUUCUGGCGAAUCUACGGAAGAAGUUGCCAGUGAUGAAGAACAAGAACCAACUCCAGAGGAGGAUCUGAUUCAAGAAAUCGAAAUUCCGGAAAAUCUUCGACCCAGAGAUCACAUUAACCAAUUGUUAAAACUGGACGAAGAAAAUGAGGGAAAAGAGAGAGCUAUACAAAGAGAAGCUGAUAUUAUUCUUAGGGAUUUGAAGAGACUCUAUGAUAACGCUAUAAAGCCGUUAGAGACUAUGUACAAGUACAGAGACUUGAGUAAUAGGCAUUUCGGAGAUCCUGAGAUAUUCUCCAAGCCACUAGUGCUAUUUAUGGGACCGUGGAGCGGCGGGAAAUCGUCCAUCAUUAAUUAUCUGCUCGACAUCGAAUACAAGCCAAUGUCACUGAGGACAGGUGGUUUGAGAAAGUGCUUAGAAGAGCAUUGCAAAUCGCCAAAUGGAAAAAAUGACACAGGAGCCGAGCCAUCACCAGCCUACUUCAACAUAAUAAUGCACGGAGAGGAGGAGGAGGUUCUUGAUGGCACCCAGUUGGCCGCCGAUUGGACUUUUUCGGGAUUGCAGAAGUUCGGACAGGGUCUACUAGAUCGUCUCAGAGGCCUGCGACUUAAUAAUAAGUUGCUAGAAAAGGUGAACAUUGUCGAGAUUCCGGGUAUUUUAGAAAUUCGAAAGCAAGUUCAACGGUUAUUUCCCUUUAACGAUGCGUGUCAGUGGUUCAUCGAUCGAGCAGACAUAAUAUUUUUGGUUUACGAUCCCGCCAAGUUGGAUGUCGGUCCCGAAACCGAGGCGAUUCUUGACCAGUUAAAAGGAAGAGAAUAUCAGACCCGUAUUAUCCUUAACAAAGCCGACCAGGUAAAACCCGAAGAACUAAUGAGGGUGCAAGGCGCCUUAAUCUGGAAUAUAUCACCGCUCAUGUCAAGCGCGGAGCCGCCAAUAAUGUAUUCCACGUCGUUAUGGUCAUUACCUUACGAGGCUGGUGCGCCUAUCAGGUUGUUGUACGCUCAAGAACGCGCAUUUCUUCGCGACCUACGUUCCGCUAUAAACAAGAGAGUUGAGCACAAGAUAGCAAGCGCCAGAAGAUUCGCCGUACGAGUACGUAAUCACGCUAAAAUGGUGGACUGUUACCUGACGACGUAUUACAAUCACAAGACGUUCUUCGGCAACAAACGGGAGAUCAGCGAUAAGAUCAUCGAAAAUCCACAGGACUAUCAUAUCUACGAAGGCCUCAGCACUCUCACGAAUAUAUCACGCUACGAUCUACCAGAUCCGGAUGUCUACCGUGAUUUCUUCCGACUAAAUCCACUUUAUGAUUUCCAGCUGUUGAGCUCUACAUGCACAUAUUUCCGCGGCUGUCCGAUCAACAGGCUUGAUGUAUCUAUCGCCUACGAUCUACCUGAGUUGGUAGGCAACUAUAAGAAGUCGGUAGAGGCGGUGUUGCACGAGAGCGAAGGUAAAAGUCCACCGAGUUGAGUGCGUAUCCGCGUUCCAGAACGGAGCUCUUGAUACCAUGUGAAAUACGGACUGGCGAUAAAGCGACGUUUACCUCUGCUAGACCGAGAAGAAACACUCAGCCUGUAGCCGAAAUGCCUUGGUAGCUUAAAAAUGCUCGAUGAUGGUGAACGAGCUGAAAAACGUGGUCCGAUAUUUGAGAUGGUACCAAGGAUUUUCUUCUUGAAACACAGGCAACUAUAGAUCGCGCUAUCCUCGCAAGUUGUAUUCGAGCUGCUCUAAUGACAAGAAAUCGGUUUGCAAAAGAAGCUGACGGUCGCGAAAGCAACGGAAGCGGAAAGGCAUGGAGUUUUGAAGUAUGAAAAUUUGGAGGUACCAUCACUUGAACGGGCGAAUAACGCCAUAUAAUUUCUAGAUCCGAAUAGUUUAACCUCGUCCUUCACAACAUAUGACACAAUGUGAAAAAACGUGAACAUGCUGUGGAGUGUGAUAUCACGAAUUCAGUGGUCGAAACACUUCCUCGGUUGCAGAAGAAGAGCAAGUGUAUUGCUUGUGUCUGGUAAAACAAUGCUAGUGCUACCAUUCCGAUCCAAAAGCGGACAGUGAGAGUUUCUCUUUGAAUUUAUGUGUUCAGAUAUCAUAUCGAUUCGGCAAAAAUUCGAGGCUUCGGUGCAACAAUAGCUUAUCUUACUUCUCUAGAUAUUUAAAAAAAUUAUCAAAAUUUAGAGAAUUUAAUCAAAAUUCGAGAUAAAUUUUAACCAGGGAUGUAAAACCGGAUCAUAAAAUUGCCGGAUAUCGGAUAUUCGGAAAGAAUGCGACACCGGAUAUCCAAUAUCAGGUCAAAUAUCCGGUAGGACAAUUAUCCGACUGGAUAGCGGAUAUUUUCCGGAUAUCCAGUAAAAUUUUUCUAUUCUAUUUUACAAAAAAA